AUGGGCUUCGAGCCCGAGGAACUGACCGUCGACGCUAGCCCGUUUAUUGUGGUCGAGACGGCAACGAGCCAUGAAGAGACGGCAGCUAGAUCUUGGCGGCCCCUUUUCCGCCACACAUGCCCUUUCCACUCGGCUGUCUUUGGCGAUGUCAUGGUCAAUUUGAUCCGGCAUCCGAAUAUCAACUCGUCGUGGCUGUUCCGCGCAGAUAUCCUGCAUGACGCCGCGGAAGCCGGGAGCACAUCUGAGGUUUCCAUUCCUUCAUUCGCCGGAUUCCAUCUCCGACGAUGCAUCGUCCGAAGACUCAUCCCUCGGAACACGCUGAGGGACAAGCCACUGGACCAAACCUGCGUCAUCUAUGAGCGCUACUCCGGCCGUGGAGAUGGAAGCGUUAUCACCGAAAAGGCCCUGGUGGUUUAUCUUCCCCAUGUCUCGGCACCCUCCGAAAUGCCCUUCUAUCACCCCAUAGUUCGAGGGAUAGCCUUUCUGCACGAGUGGACGGCCGCAAAGUCAUGCGGGUCCAUAUCCAUCUCUUACCUCUUCUUCAGCGAGCAGGACCGCUCGUCCGUCCGGCUCAUACGGACUGCUCUGCGUCUGCUCGAGGUCAUUUACAAGCACGGCAAGGGCCGGCUGGAAGGCUACCAAAAGAAGGUGCACCACGACCAGCUGCUGCCGCAAGCCCGUGUGCAAAACACAUACACCCGCCUCAAGCAACAGUACGCGCGUAGUCUGAUUAAGGGCUGGGCUGAGACCACUGAUCCUGAGAAGCAUGUCUUUGAGGAUUUGUGCAUCGCCGCGUUCCUGAUUGAGCUGUGGACUGACAUGUACAACCAAGACUGCUUUCCCAGUUUCGUGGACAUUGGAUGCGGUAACGGCCUCUUGGUUUACAUCCUCAACCAGGAAGGAUUCGCGGGAUGGGGUUUCGAUGCGCGCUCGCGCAAGUCCUGGGCUGCAUACAACACCAAGUUGGCGACACCCGAGGGAGAAGCGGACAGUCUGCGGGAGCUGGUGUUACUGCCGCCGCCAGUGAGCCGAGACGGGUUGGCUGGCUUGUCGAGUGACGGCUAUAACGAGGAGCGCAUCCAUGAUGGCCGCUUCCCCAAGGGCACGUUCAUCAUUUCGAAUCACGCCGACGAACUUACGCCCUGGACUCCCAUUAUCGCGGCCAUCUCAGAGUGUCCGUUCAUUGCGAUCCCCUGCUGCAGCCACAAUCUCGCUGGGGAACGUUACCGGGCACCAGCACCCAAGGAUAAAACCAAGGCGGACUCGGCAUACUCGUCAUUGGUAGUAUGGGUGUCGGACAUUGCGCGGGACUGUGGCUGGGAAGUUGAGCAGGAAAUGCUGCGCAUUCCGAGCACGCGCAACACGGCGCUGAUAGGGCGCAAGCGCUUGAGCCAUCAGGACCCAUCCCUGGAUAUCCAAGCCGUCGUGGACCGGUACGGCGGCACUACUGGUUACUUGGAAAACGUCAUCAAGUUGGUCGCCGGAUCCACGACUCUGGGAAACGACCACUGA